GUCACUGGGGGCGUGGCUCUCCCCAAAAUUGAUGAAGAAAAAAGAGAAGGCAGAAAAAGUUUCUUCUCUCUCUGAGCCGGAGCCGGAGCCGGAGCCGGAGCCGGAGCCGGAGCCGGAGCCGGAAUCGGGGUGGAUUACAGAGGAGAAGGAGGCCACCUCCGUGGGCUCUGGAGGAACGCGACUGCCGAGUUCCCACCCGCUCCUCCACUCGUGGCGAGGAUCUCCUUCCCUGCCAUGUCUGGUCCCACCUGGCUCCCCCCGAAACAGCCGGAGCAGACCAGGCUCCCCCAGGGAAGGGCUGUCCUGAGGGGCGCUCCUGGCCCCUCAGUCCACGGAGCAGCAGAGCCAAAUUAUCAGGGCACCGGCCGACAAGAAGAACUGGCACCAGUGUUGGGGAGACCCUCCCAGAGCAUACAGGGGCUUCGGCCGGACAGGGCAGCCUUACACCUGGGAAGUCUGGAUGCAGAAAUAGAUUCACUGACCAGCAUGUUGGCUGACCUGGAUAGUAGCAGGGGCCAUGUGCCAUGUCGUCCAGACAGACAGGCCUGUGAGCCCCUUCGGCCCCCUCCCUACCGCAUGGGCCUCCUGAAACCAGGUGGAGGAGGGAGCACUCCACCAAGAGUCUCAGCCCCAUCUUAUGGGGGCCCUACCCCUGCCUCCUAUACCACAGCCAGCACUCCAGUUGGCCCUGCCUUCCCGGUCCAGGUGAAGGUGGCUCAGCCUGUGAGGGGGUAUGGUCAGUCCUGGCGGGGUGUCCCUCAGGCCUCUAGCCCACCCCCGGCUCCUUACCCUCCUUCCACUAAUUGGGCUGAGUCUUGGGGAGGUUCCUAUGAGGGGCAUAGAGAGCUCAGGGCCAAAGAGGAGAGUGCUGGAGCCUCUGGCCCAAGAGGAGGAAGAAGAACAGGAGGAGGAGGAUAUAUGCCCAAGCCUGCCCCCAGCAGGGCCCCCCCUGAGGAAGAACUGGAGAGACUAACCAAGAAGCUGGUACAUGACAUGAACCAUCCACCCAGUGGGGAAUACUUCGGCCGAUGCGGGGGCUGUGGGGAGGAUGUGGUAGGGGAUGGUGCUGGAGUUCUUGCCCUCGACCGCGUCUUCCAUGUUGGCUGCUUUGUCUGCUCCACGUGCCGGGCUCAGCUCCGGGGCCAGCACUUCUAUGCGGUGGAAAGGAAGGCAUAUUGUGAAGGCUGCUAUGUGGCUACCCUGGAGAAGUGCUCCAUGUGCUCUCAGCCUAUCUUGGACCGGAUUCUGCGUGCCAUGGGGAAGGCUUAUCACCCUGGCUGCUUUACUUGUGUUGUGUGUCACCAAGGCCUUGAUGGCAUUCCUUUCACAGUGGAUGCCACCAGCCAGAUCCACUGUAUUGAAGACUUCCACAGGAAAUUUGCUCCUCGAUGCUCUGUGUGUGGUGGUGCCAUCAUGCCUGAACCUGGGCAGGAGGAGACUGUGAGGAUUGUUGCCCUUGAUCGAAGCUUCCACAUUGGUUGCUACAAAUGCGAGGAAUGUGGACUGUUGCUAUCAUCAGAGGGAGAAUGUCAGGGCUGCUACCCCUUGGAUGGUCAUAUCCUGUGCAAGACCUGUAGUGCUUGGCGAAUCCAGGAGCUCUCGGCCACUGUCACCACCGACUGCUGAGAUUCUCCACAAUCGUGACCUGUCAGCAUGUGCUCCUAACAUCCCCCUACCCAUCUUGUUCCCAUUUACAAUUAGAUGCUAAGUCCCAUGCCCCUCACUCCCAAUCUUUACCAUGUAACUGCUGAGCCCCAGAGCUACUUCCCCUGCCUGUGAGGGGAACAGGAAUUGCUGGACUAAGGAGCUGUUAUCAUACAGGGAUGGGAAUGGAGAAAGGUGCGGAGGAGUUUGGGUUGAGGCUGGUGGUGUAGUGGCUUGGGCUAUACAGGGAAACAGUCAAAGGACUAAAUGCUUGAGUUUCCAAGAUUAUUGGACACUUGGGUUCUAGGAGGAAGUAGAACUGGAAAACUGACCCUGAGAUUGUCCUGUUUUGGGAAGAAUGCUACCCUAGAGGGAAGUGUUUCGUGUACUCCAAGAUCAUCUGAUCUUUUGGGCCAUGGAAAAGGCCUGCCUUCUUGGCUAUUCAUUAUGCAACAGAGGGCCUGGCAGCAGAAAGGAAUAGGGAAAGCCACAAUGACUUCACUUAAUCAUAGACUCCCAGAGUUAGAAGGGAAUUCAGAGGACAUCUAGUCCAACCUUUACCUCAGUCAUCAGGGGCCACAAGCAUUUGUUAAGUACCUACUAUAUGCUAGACAUUGUGGUAAGCAUUAGGGGGAACAAUAUAAAAACGACAUACGCAAACUACAUACAGGUUAAGUUUGAGAUAACCAACAGAGGAAAGGCACUAGUAUUAAUCGGGGAUAAGUAAAGGCUUCUUGUCGAAAGUGGGAUACCUGAGACUUCAGGGAAGCCAGGAAGUGGCAGUGAGGAGGGAGAGUCUUGCAGGCAUGGGGAAUGGCCUGUGAACAUGCACCGAGCAGGGAAAUGAAGUGCUUUGUGCAAGAAAGAGGAGCAAAGAGGCCAGUGUCACUUGGGGUAAGGUAGAAGAAGAUUGAAAGGUAGAAGGCUAGGUUGUGAAGGGCUUCGCCAGAGGAUUUUGAAUUUGAUUCUGAGGGUGAUAGGGAGCCACUGGAGUUUAUUGAGCAGAGGAGUGACAUAGUUGAACCUGUGCUUUAAGUUGGUCAUUUUGACAGUUGACAGGAGGGUGGUUUGGAGUAGAGAGAGCCUUAAGGUGGAGACCAACCAGAAGACUAUUGUAAUAGUCUUGAACAAAAAAACUUCUCUGUAGCAUCACUAAGAGUAGUGCCUAGCAUAUAGUAGGCAUUUAAUAAAUGUUUUUUGUUUGACUGAUGCCUGAAGAGAGGCCAUCCAGCCUUUGCUUGAAGACCUCCAGUGAAGGAGGAAACCACUAUCUCUCAUAACCAGCCCUCUUGGAGACCUUGAGUUGUUAGGAAUAUUUUCCUUAUAUCAGGUACAAUUUGCCUCUUUUGGGGCUACCAUUCUUUGUUCCUAGUUCUACUCUCCAAGACCAAGCAGAAUAAUUUGGAAAGAAUACUGAAUUGGGAGUCUGAGGACCAGGGUUUGAAUUCUACUUUUACCACUUUGUGACCUUGAGCAAAUAAAUCACUUGAAGAUGGCCUUCG